UUUCAGUUCAUCAACUCAAGCAUCUCCACCACUUCAGUUCAGUUGCUUAUUCUGUCUUGCCUGCACACACUGAGAGCAAGAUGGGUGGCAAGGUUCUUCUGAUCAGUGCCGUCUUGGUGGGGCUUGUUUCACUGAGCUCGUGCAGGAGCCUGGGAGAGUUGCAUGAGCAGAAGACCCACUAUGGGGGCUCACCAACUCCCACGCAUGGGUCAGGAGGAGGCUACAAUCCGACACCGACACCAACUUACGGCACUACACCGACGCCAUCUUACGGCACUACACCGACGCCAACUUACGGCACUACACCGACGCCAUCUUACGGCACUACACCGACGCCAUCUUACGGCACUACACCGAGCACCCCAAGUACACCUUCCCAUGAUGUCCCUGCAAGUCCAAAGAAGCAUGGGUUCAUUGGAUCCUGCGACUACUGGAAGAAUCACCCAGAUGCUAUAGUUGCAGCUAUUGGGUCCCUUGGCAACAUCGGCAAGACAUUUGGUGCUGCAUGCAGUAUGAUAGGUGGCAAGAAGCUAGGAAAUAUGCAUGAUGCACUCUCAAACACUAGAACUGAUGGUAUUGGCGCCCUGAUACGUGAGGGGGCAGCUGCAUACCUCAACUCCAUUGUGAACAAGAAGUUCCCAUUUACCACCCAGCAGGUGAAGGACUGCAUCAUCGUGGCCGUGACCUCUGAUGGUGCUGCUUCUGCCCAAGCUGGGGUCUUCAAGAAGGCAAAUGAAUUCCACUACUAAUUUUAGUCAUUGGUGUUUCUUGGCUAAAUUUCUUCCUCCCACGCAUUUUUCUUGAUUGAUGCUAUCUUGUGGCUUGAUAUAUUUCUUGUAUUUUUGUUGUUUUAUCAUGUAAUAUCACUAUCUAUGACAUUUUGAGUGCAAUAAAUCCAUCCUUUUCCAUUGUUUGA